UUGUCUGAUCAAAAAACAUUUGUUUUAGCGUUCUUCCCACAACUUACGGGGAUUGUUAAAUACAUGCCUUCACAUGGUGAUGCAAUAAAUAAGAAGAUUAGCGAUUUGGAAACUUGGCCGACUGGAGGGAAGCAUGAGGACUGGGUUGAUUUUGAUGCUUGGGUGUUGAAGGUCAAGGAUAACUUUGACACAAAACAAGAGAUUGCUGUUGAAGUUUUAGAGUUUAUCAAGGAUCAUGUCGUUGGGAAUUUGAGUGGAGAUGAAUUGUAUACAUCAAAUAUUUAUUUGCGCAGUUAG